CCAUUCUGCAGCUAUACUACCACUCACUCAAAGCUUUUUCUCUUUGCUUAAUUUGCCACAUAUUUAUCUUCAAGUGUGUGGCAUUUAUUAGUGAGUUUCAGAAAAUGAAGAAAGCUGUUAGCUUCACUUUGCUUUGUGCUUUGUUUCUUCUUGUCAGCUUCUCUUCCUUUUCUUCUGCAGCAAAUGACUUUCCAGGGAAUGAAGUAAAAAGUCAUGAAGACGAGGAAAAGUUCAAGUUUAUUCCACAUCAUAAGCCAUUCUUCAAGAAGCCAUUUUUCAAGAUCCCACCAAAAGUUCCAUUGAAGCCAUUCCCAGUUGUUGGAAAACCAAUUCCAGUGAAUGAUGAGAAGCCAUUGCCAAUUCCUGGAUUCAAGAAGCCUUUCCCCAAGCCAUUCCCAUUUGUGAAGAAGCCAUUUCCCAAACCAUUUAUUCCAAAGCCAAUUCCUUUUGUGAAGAAGCCGUUUCCCAAGCCUCUUCCAAAGCCGAUUCCUUUUGUGAAGAAGCCAUUUCCCAAGCCUUUUCCAAAGCCAAUUCCAUUUGAGAAGAAACCAUUUCCCAAGCCUUUCAUUCCAAAGCCAAUUCCUGUCCAUGAUGAGAAGCCUUUGCCAAUCCCUGGAUUCAAAAAGCCAUUCCCUAAGCCUUUCGUUAAGCCAAUUCCUUUCUUUAAGAAGCCUUUCCCAUUCCCCAAAAAGCCCUUCUUCCCUCCAGUUAAUCCUUGAGACACACCAUGAAUAUUCCUAAAGCCUAAUUAAAACAUAUCCUUCCAUAUAAUUGGAAAUAAAAGAAGAAGAAAACAGGCACUACAUGUCCAUUAUAUCUUUUAAGAUUGAUUCACCUGAAUUUUCAGAAUUAAUAGUAUAUCUAUCUCUGCUGUAUGUGUAUUGUAUUUGCAUUAUGAAGAGUAUUGCUGUUAUAAAUAAAGCUUCCAAGAGCUAUAUAUGUUAUGUACACAGAAAUCCAUUAAUUAAAUAUGUCAUCAUUGUUGGUUCUUUCUCA